UUGCAGUGGAGGCCACAUUACACCGGCUUCUCUUAAGUUGAGUUCUUCUUCAAAGACCAAAUACAGAUACGACUAUGAGCCAACACAAGGUGAUACCUAAAAAAUGACAGAACGACAGAUGGCUUCUACUGAAAGGAGCCUACGUAUCCAGGCUGAUGAUGACCUGAAGUCCAUGAUUGUUGGCACAGUGAUGAGAAAAAUCAAGUCUCGCACAUGGAAAAAGCAGCGUUACUUCAGGCUACAAGAAGACUGCAUGACUAUCUGGUACCAGAGCAAGAAAGCAGGGAAUGCCCACUCCACCUUUUCCGUGGGUGAUGUGGAGGCUGUACGGGAAGGGCACCAAUCAGAGGUUCUACUCAGCAUUGCCGACGAGUUUCCUCCUGACCGGUGCUUCACCCUUGUGUUUCGUGGACGACGAGGCAACUUGGACCUAGUGGCCGAAUCCACACAGGAGGCGCAAUCAUGGAUAAAAGGGAUACGCAAACUCAUCGAUAACCUAGAGAACAUGGGGCAGAGAGAGAAACUGGACCAAUGGAUCUGUGACUGGUUUAAAAAGGCAGACAAAAACAGAGACGGACGGAUGAACUUUAAAGAGGUCAGAGAUCUGUUGAAGAUGAUGAACGUGGACAUGAACGAGCACCACGCUCUCCGUCUCUUCACGAUGGCGGAUAGGUCUCAGUCGGGGACACUCGAGGAUGAUGAGUUUGUGUUGUUUUAUAAGAUGCUGACUCAGCGCGAGGACAUCCUGCGAGUGUUUCAGGAAUAUUCGGCCGAUGGACAGAAGCUAACACUUAAAGAUCUGAAAGAUUUCUUACGGGAGGAACAGUUACAUGAGGACGGAGUUCAGCAAUACGCACUUAACCUCAUUGAACGCUUUGAACCUUCUGAGACUGCAAAAAUGUUACAAGCAAUGACGUUUGAUGGUUUCCUGAUGUACCUGAGCUCAUCAGAGGGCUCCAUUUUCAACCCUGCAAUGCUCGAACUCUACCAAGACAUGUCUCAGCCUCUCUGCCAUUAUUUCAUAUCAUCUUCUCAUAACACAUACCUACUGGAGGACCAAAUCAGAGGACUUAGCAGUGUGGAAGGCUAUAUACGAGCACUGAAACGUGGCUGCCGAUGUGUAGAAGUGGACUGUUGGGAUGGACCAAAUGGAGAGCCAAUUGUCUAUCAUGGGCACACAUUCACCUCCAAGAUCUUGUUCAAGGACGUUGUCACUGUGCUGGGCAACUAUUCUUUUAAAGCAUCAGAGUACCCUGUCAUCCUGUCCAUUGAGAACCACUGCAGUGUAGAGCAGCAGAAAAUCAUGGCCCAACACCUCACCCAGAUCCUGGGAGACAAGCUGCUGAAAAGCACUUUAGAUGGAAAGAUUCCUAUCGGCCUCCCGUCCCCUGAGGAUCUGAAAGGGAAGAUUCUGUUGAAAGGAAAGAAGAUAGGUGGAUUAGAGGACGGCAUGAAUGGAGUAGUGGAUGACCCUUUGAUGGGAGAGGUGAGCGACGAAGAGGAGGUCACUGAAAUUGAGGAUGAAAAUCAUCGCAACAACAGCAUACGACACAGAAGCAAGAAAUCCAAACAGCGACUGUCUAAAGAGCUGUCCGACUGUGUGGUUUACUGCAAGAGUGUCCACUUUAGCAGCUUUAAACAUUCACGAAAUCACUCCAAGUUUUACGAGAUCUCCUCCUUCACGGAGUCUAAGGCCCGGAAGCACAUAAGGGAAGCAGGAGCGGAGUUUGUUCUCCAUAAUGCCCGUCAGUUAAGUCGGGUUUACCCGAGUGGUUUGAGAACCGACUCCUCCAACUUCAAUCCACAGGACUUGUGGAAUGCAGGGUGCCAAAUUGUUGCUCUAAACUUUCAGACAGCAGGGGUUGAGAUGGACCUAAAUGAUGGCUUAUUCGGUCAAAAUGGACGUUGUGGCUACGUAUUGAAACCAGCAUUCAUGCGCAACUUUGAAGAGAGGUUUGACCCAGAAAACCCUCAAAAUCGAGAAGAUUACAAGCCACUUAGCCUGUCUAUACAGGUAAUCAGCGGCCAACAGCUUCCCAAAGUAAACAUCAAGGAGGGCUCGAUCAUUGACCCCUUCGUUCGGGUGGAAAUUCACGGCGUACCACUGGACCAGGCCAAGCAGGAAACCAGAUACAUUGACAACAACGGUUUUAACCCAGUAUGGUACGACACCCUUCAGUUUACCAUUCACGCUCCUGAAUUGGCAUUGGUACGGUUUGUUGUGGAAGACUAUGAUAAAACCUCAAAGAACGACUUUGUAGGACAGUUCACUCUCCCUUUCACCUGUAUUCAACCAGGAUAUCGUCACAUUCAUCUCCUGUCUAAGGACGGCACCAGCAUACCUCCUUCCUCACUGUUUGUUCAUAUCCGGAUUACAAACUUAACCUGAACGCUGAAUUUGACACAUGCACAAAGAAACAGAAAAUGCAACAAUUUCAAGUCUUCCCAGUCAACACGUGUUUGCAGAAUUUGCUAAAGUCUUAAUAA